GACCUCCCCUGUCUCAGUUUAAAACCAUUCCUCCUUGUCCUAUUGCCUCACACUUCAGUCAAAGAUAAACUUUCCCUCACCUACUAGCAUUACCAUUAAUGUAUUUGCUGUGGACAACUACAUUAAACUGAGUUCAAAUUUUGCCCCAUCUCAUUAUUUUAGAAUCCAAUUUGUUAAACGCUUCCUGCUUUUCCUUCAAAGAGGUUUGUGUAAAUGCAGAUUUAAGUGGUGUCCCUUUAAAAAGCUAGAGUAAAAUUGGCAUUAGCAUUCACACCUGUGUGGAGCAAAGUGUGUGAGGGAACAAACCUCGAGUCAGAACUGAUAAAAGGCUGCUGCCUGAGCAUUCUCUCAUCCUGGGAACAAGGCUGUUAAGCUUCCUAGUCUAGUAAAGAGUUGUAAAAAAGAACAUGGAGUCUCCAUGCUGUGAGCAGAGGGCUGCGAAGGUCUCUCUAGCUGAGAUUCUGAGGUGCUUUGAGCACCCUAUAAGCGAAGAGCAAGCCUGGGCUAUUUGCUUUCAGUGCUGCUGCAGAAUGAAAGAAUUAGCCCAAGGGCUGUACCCAUCACUCCAUUCUGUAUUCAUAAAAGGUCCUGGGAGCAUCUUUAUUCAUGCUGAUGGCACUGUUUCCUUCCGGGUGUAUCAUAAGUCUGAUGCUGGCAGCAUUCAGCAGUCAGAGGAUAAGCUGCUAGAGUACCUGGGAGUGGUGAUCUAUGAAGCCCUGGACUGGGGAAUUGACAGCCACGUUGAGCGGGAACUGAGUGAUCCGCUGGAUAAACUGCUCUGCCUCAUGUUGAAACUGGAUGAUGAGGGAAUGAAGCCAACAGUCACCCUGCAGGAUGUUAUCAAGGCCUGUGAGCAUCACCUGUCUGUGCCUUCUGAGGCUACCAGUCAUUACAAAAUGACCUGUAAGAGUCUUUUUACUGAAUUUAUCGAACUUCAGAAGCUUGUGUCCAUCAUCCAGACCUCCAAAGAGAGUCUAAAAAAAAUGGAUGAGGAAGAUUUGCUGGAAACCCACAUGCAGAAGAAGGAAAAACAGUGGGCAUCCCUGUGGCCCAGUGUCAUCUGUGAACUGAAGAAUGGUGUAAAGCUGCGGAAGGCCACUGAGCGACCACAGCGUCCUGUCCCUCUGAAAGAAUGUACCUACUCCCCUUAUGAAUUACUUCUAGAUGAUAUUCGGCACAAGAGGUACAAACUUCGGAAGGUGAUUGUCGAGCAAAAAUGCAGAACCCCCAGCAAUGCUCCCAAGCCUCAUCUAAAACCUGUGCUGGAGCGGAAGCUGAAGGAGUGUGUGCCAUCAGAGCCUACCUUACACAAACAGCUCAUGGCAGAAAUUAAGCAACCACAGAAGCUUCAGUCGUCAUCAGCAAGGGAAAGUGGGAGCAGGCCUAAAGAUGCCAGUGCAGCAUUUCAGAUUGUCAACGCAGUAGCGCAGCAUUCAAGAUCAGGAGUUCAGGAAAUGAUUCCAAAGCUGUCUUCCAGCACCCAGCUUGCCUCAGCCAGGUCAUCAGCAGUGUCCUACAGCAGCACAGGUCUUGCUGCAGAUCAUACACUUCCUUCCAUGAGCAUACCCAUGCUAGGAGACCUUCAGCCUAACAGUGUCCUGAAUGUUGGCCAGCGGCAGCUGCAUCCUUACAGAGGAAGGUCCAAAUCUUUAGACACUGGCCUUCAAAGCAAGAAAUUUGACUUUUACUUUCCUACUGCAAGGCCAUCACCUACCAUUGCUGAACUGAUUGGAACCAGAUAUGCAAUGAUAGUGCUGAAAAGGGGAGGCUUUUCCCAAGGGGGGAGUGAUGGUGUCUUUCCAAGAGGAAAGAUCUGUUUCAGCUGCCAUAAGCAGAUGUUUCUUAAGUGGCCUUAUAGCUGUUACCUCUGCAGCAGUGUCAUCUGCUGUGACUGCUGCAUCAAGAUGUCCAUGCCCUUCAGAAUGUGCGUACAUCUUCCACUUCACUUCUUAAAACUUUUGAGACUCUCCAGAGAAGAAGACCCAGCUACUCAAGAGCAGAAGAACUCAGAGUUGCUGCGUGAAAUAGAGCAGUGGGAGUGUAAUAGUGUACCUGUUAUUUUGGAGCCCCAUGGCCUAGCACAGCCUCUGUGCUGUCACACAAGGACCAUGGCAAACUGGCUGACUGCAGACAUCUGUACUCAAUGUGAGCAUUAUUUGUUGAAUGUGGCUUCCAACCAGCAGCAGAACAUCCCACUCAGGAGAAUUUCCCAGUCUUGGACUAAACUGGAAUGACUCUGCUUUAUAUUUUUCCUGUCACCUGUUCUGUACCUGAAUUAAAUUAAACAGCUUUAUGCACUUUACUGACAUAAAGGCCUGAGUAAAAGACUUUCCUGCUGCUUAGUCUAAGCAGGAAGUACAGUUAGUAUUUAUGUAUUGUAAAGCAUUAUGAAGCAUUGCAAUUUUUAGAAUUGUUUUAAUCCUUUUUAUUUUUCUUUGGGGGAAAAUAAAUGUUGAAGCACCAUCAUGGUCCAGCAUUCCUCCUUUGCACCUGCAGUUGUCAUUGUUCUGUGGCACUGCUUGCAUUCAUUGCUAAGCAGUCUUUGUCCUCUGUCAUGAAUAUUGGGAACUUUUAAGCUAAAACCUCUGUUUGUGAGAGUCUUGGAAGUGGAACUCUCAGUUACGUGAUCAUAACACCGUACAUUUUGCAAAUACUUCUUCCUUCCUGAUAACUCACUACAAAGCACCUGAACUCAUUCUUGAGAUACAUGUACCAUCAUAGUGAUGGCUGUAAAGCAGCCUGCUCAAUCUGCUUGCUCUGGAAUUGCUCCUGAUUUUAUUUUUUUUUCCUUUGUGCCAGAUAUGCCU